CUACGUCUGAUCAUCGCGGCUGUCAAAGGAGGUCGUUGAGCGGACAGGCGAAUAUACAGUCGCAUGAUAACUACACAGAUAUUGUGCUGAUAAAGAGGUCGGUGACUGUGCGCUAUGGAAUGCGGUGCAUGGUGGUAGAUUCGAAGAAUUGGCUCUCACCAUAACUAUUAGAAGCAAUUGUGCACUCUUCUAAGUGCAGGCCAGGCCGGAGAGGGACUGCUGCGCUGUCCGGUGAUCAGACCCACCAUGCGUGAAUACAAGCUUGUGGUGCUCGGCUCAGGAGGCGUAGGCAAGUCCGCUCUGACGGUGCAGUUUGUGCAGGGGAUCUUCGUAGAGAAAUACGACCCCACAAUAGAGGACUCGUACAGAAAGCAAGUGGAAGUUGAUGGGCAGCAAUGUAUGUUGGAAAUCCUGGACACGGCAGGCACAGAGCAGUUCACGGCUAUGCGGGACCUCUAUAUGAAGAACGGUCAGGGCUUCGCUCUGGUCUACUCCAUCACAGCACAGUCGACCUUCAACGACCUCCAGGACCUCCGCGAGCAGAUCCUGCGAGUCAAGGACACAGAGGAUGUGCCGAUGAUCCUGGUGGGCAAUAAGUGUGAUCUGGAGGACGAGCGGGUGGUGGGGAAGGAGCAGGGGCAGAGUCUGGCGCGCCAGUGGAACCAGUGUGCCUUCCUCGAGUCCUCCGCCAAGUCCAAGAUCAACGUGCUCGACAUCUUCUAUGACUUGGUGCGGCAGAUCAACAGGAAGACUCCGGUGGAGAAGAAGAAGGCCAAAAAGAAGUCCAACUGCACCCUGCUGUAGCGCCUCCUACAGGCACCCUGAGCCCGGUACGACACACACACACACACACACACACACACACACACAC